AAUUUCCGGGCAGAUUACGGAUUUUCGGCGCUGAAACCUUAGACAAUAAAAAGUGAGAGUUCCCUCAGGGCCCGCCCCUUCACCUACGAUACCGCCUAUCAUUGAUCGAACCCUGUCUGAGCUUCAAAUUGAAUUUUCUGAGUUCACCCAUCACCGACCGAUAGCAGAUGGACAAUGACGAAGAAGAUUAUGUAUUUUAUGGAACACCAAUUGAGCGGGAAGAAGACCUCACUAGUCGCAAAAAGAAAGCCACCGCAGAAGCCUCCGGUCAAUUGCGAACGCUUGUGCCCUGGAAACAAGAAGUUAGAGAUGAAGAAGGAAGGAGGCGAUUCCAUGGUGCUUUUACUGGAGGAUAUUCUGCUGGUUAUUACAACACUGUUGGCUCUAAGGAGGGAUGGACUCCACAAACGUUCACCUCUUCAAGGAAUAAUAGAGCUCAAGUUGCACAACAGAACAUCUUAAAUUUUAUGGAUGACGAAGAAAAAGCUGAAUUGGAUGGCAACGCUCUUGGAACAUCUAUGCAGUUUGACACUUUCGGAUUUACAGCUGCUGAAUUUGCACGAAAACAAUCUGAGAAGGAACAACAAAAGAGGCCAUCCAUUAUUCCUGGACCUGCCCCUGAUGAGUUAGUUGUUCCAACUAAUAAUGCUAUUGGUGUGAAGUUGCUCAAGAAGAUGGGAUGGAGACAUGGUCGUGCAAUAAGGGAUUCAUUAUCCAAAUCAUCAUAUGGUGAUGCACUUGGUGAAGCACGAGAUUCUUUUAUGUCGAUUUCACCCAAAAGCACACCAAAGCAACUUGAUGGCAUGUAUUCUUCAUCAGAUCAAUCGGAAAAGCUUAUUAAUAAGCCUCUUGAUAGUGAUGAUCUGAACCCACAAAGUACACCGAUGUAUACGUUCCAUUUGAAGCAGGACCAGUAUGGUCUCGGUUAUGAUCCCUACAAGUCUGCUCCAGAAUUUAGGGAGAUGAAAAGGUCACGUUUAUCUGGAAUAAAAGAGUCGGGCAACAAGAAAAUACAAUCUCUGAGCCACAGUAUCUUUGCUUCAAGAUCGGAAAGGAUAGGUCCUGGAUUUGGAAUUGGAGCACUAGAAGAACUUGAUGCUGAAGAUGAGGAUGUAUAUACAUCUGCAGGUUAUAAUUUUGAAGAAACCUACAUCCAAGAAAUUGAAGAGCCAACUUCACAGCUAAAACUAGAAUAUAAGAAAGAGAGCAAAAAGGAGAUGGAUACACUCCCUGGUUUUAAGAUGUCAUCAACAUCCAACUAUAAGCAAGAGAGGUUUGAAGCUCCAGCUGUUCCACGGAAUUUUGCAUCGCACCAUAUAUUUCCAAGUCCUCUUGAUGUUAGCAUCAAAACUAUCGGCCCCCCUCCUCCUGAAAUUUCUCCUCCCCAGGAUGAUAAUUUAAGAAUUCUAAUUGACGGGGUAGCUACUUUAGUAGCUCGUUGCGGUAAAUUGUUCGAGGACCUCUCUCGAGAAAAGAAUCAGUCCAAUCCAUUAUUUGCUUUCCUCUCUGGCGGUGAUGGUUUUGAUUAUUAUUCAAGAAAACUCUGGGAAGAGCGACAUAAGUGCAUUGAUCAAAACAAGCAACCAUUUGCUGGAAAAACUGCCAUUGUUGCUCAAAAGAUGACAGCAGAACACCGUGGAAGAAUCUUAGGCGAAAAACCACUUGAAAGAAGUUCCAAAGACACUAGCUUACCCCUAGCCGGGGCAGAUAUUCAGCUCGGUUUAAAUCUUACAGAUACAUUUAUUAAACCUAGAUCAAUGAAUGAGGUCUCUGAUGUUUCAAAACCAUUUGGGGAUGAACCAGCUAAACAAGAAAGGUUUGAGCAGUUCUUCAAGGACAAGUACCAGGGAGGGAUUCGUACUAAGGAUUCGGGUGGAUCAAGCAACAUGUCAGAAGCUGCUCGAGCACGAGAAAGAUUGGAGUUUGAGACUGCAGCAGAGGCCAUCCAGAAAGGGAAAAGUGGAAAGGAAUUUGAGGGUUCUAAUCAGAACCUCCUGCCAUAUUUAGGAUCUGUGCAAUUUACCUCUGGUGGGCAAGAGCAGAUAGAAGCUGGUCAAUCUAUGGAGAAUAUAAUGAAGAAACUAUAUCCUCGACGUGAAGAGUUUCAGUGGAGGCCUGCAGCUAUCCUGUGCAAGCGUUUUGAUCUGAUUGAUCCUUAUAUGGGAAAGCCCCCGCCAGCUCCACGAACAAAAAGCAAGUUGGAAUCUCUUCUUUUCAUGCCAAUUUCUGUUGAAGCGGAAAAAUCAGACGUUGAUGCUGUAGGUGAUGAUUCAUUAACUGGUGACCAAUCAGGUGUUGAGAAGCUUGGUAAUGGAGAAGAUGAUGGCAGCAAUGUCAAUGUUCAAACUCAAAAAAUUGACAGACCUGUUGAUCUGUAUAAGGCUAUAUUUUCUGAUGAUUCAGAUGCUGAAGAAGAAAAUUCUAAUGUCAACCUAGUGGAAAAUUCGGUAACAAAUCCAGAGGCUGCAAAUUCAACUUUAAACCGUCUAAUUGCGGGUGACUUUUUGGAAUCCCUUGGUAAAGAACUUGGACUGGUGGUUCCUCCUGAUUUGCCUUUUCCAGAAUCAAAAUCAAGAACACAAUCAUCUACACAGAAGAAGACUGACAUGGGAGAUAUGAAUAUGCCUUCUUAUUAUUCUUCUUCUUCAAUAAACACUACACCUAAAGCAACACAAAAUGAAACCGCCCAACCAAAUGAAGGUAGAAGCAAGUCAAGUGGCAAAGGCAAUAAUAGUGAAACAAGAAAUGUUGGUUUAGAAGUGGAAAAGAGGAAGCACAGGCUGCAUCGAAGCAAUAAUACUUCGUCCGAAGAUGAGAAGAAGAAAAAGAAGAGUAAGAAGAAACAUUCUAGGAGGCGACAUAGAAGUAUAGAUUAUUCAGAUAGUAGUAGUGCGGAGGAUUCCUCCUCGGAUGAGUAUAGGCGUGGGGAGCAUUCAAGAUCUAAGAGAAGUAGUAAAGGUGGUAGUAGCAACAAGAGGACACACUCGAAGUCACAUAAGCGUAGGAGAGACGAUAACGAUUCGCCUAGAAGCAGAUCGUCACAGCACAGAGCUGAGAAAGGCUGGACGAGAGGCGAAGAAGAGAGGAAAAAACACUAAAAUUUUAUCCUGUGUUGCCUUUGUGUGAUUGAAAAGGUCAUAUAAGGGAUAAUAGGGAUCAAAACCUUUGAAAUUGCAAGUUUAUCUGUUGUAAACGCAGUAAACAGCUUUGCCUUUUAUUUAGAGAAACAGUAUGUAUUUCAUUAAUCACUGUAUGACUCAUGGCUGUUGUUGGUACUUGUAUUUUUAGCAGGUUUGAAGGAUGA